AUGGCCUUCGCACCUCCAGCAGCCGACCUUGGUACAACCACCCAUUCCAACCAGCAUGCAGUAAACGGCCACGUCGAAUGCAAAUUCGACCCGACAGCCCAAACCUGGCAAGCCCCAACCUUCGUCAAAGAUCCUUACCUCCGUAUCCACGGCCUCGCCCCAGGACUCAAUUAUGGCCAACAAAUCUACGAAGGUCUCAAAGCCACCCGCAACAGCAACGAAGAGAUCCUCCUCUUCCGACCCGACAAGCACGCGUCUCGUAUGACCCACUCUGCCGACCUAGUCUCCAUUCCUCCAAUCCCGGACACCCUAUUCCUCGACGCCGUCCGCCUCGCCGUAUCCGAAAAUGCCGCCUUUGUUCCACCCCACUCCACAAACGCAGCGCUUUACAUCCGCCCCCUCGCCUUCGGCACAGGCGGGCACUUUGCCCUCACCCCGCCCCGCGAGUACCUCUUCUGCGUGUACGUCCAACCCUUCGGCACCUACCACGGGACCGGGGCGGCGGAUGCGCUAGUCAUUGAGAAGUUCGAUCGUGCGGCGCCCCGGGGCACGGGCCAUGGGAAGGUCGGCGGGAAUUAUGCGCCUGUGAUGAAGUAUACGGAGAUGGCGAGGAAGGAGGGGUUUCCCCUUACGUUGCAUUUGGAUAGUGCGUCGCAGACCGAGGUUGAUGAGUUUUCAACGUCGAGCUUUUUGGGAAUUGUUAGGGAUAAAGAGGGGGAGGGAAUUAGGCUAGUGGUGCCGGAUAGUAAGUGUGUUAUUGAUAGUGUAACGAGUGAUUCAGUGCAGGGGAUUGCGAGGAGUUUGGGGUGGGUUGUGGAGAAAAGGAGUGUUCCUUGGGAUACUCUUGGCGAGUUCACGGAGGUUAUGGCGGCGGGAACGGCCGCGGCUGUGGUUCCUAUUCGGUCGAUUACGCGGAGGUCGACUGGGGAGAAGUUGGAGUAUGAAAGUGGGCCGUUGUGCUUGGAGUUGUUGACCCGGUUGAGGAAGAUUCAGCGGGGAGAGACUGGGGAGGAGUUUGCUGGGUGGGUGGAGGCCGUCAAGGCGCCGGAGACGGUGUAUGAGAAGUAUGCUGUGGGUAAGAAGGCAAAUGGUGUUGCAAAUGGCGCUCAUUAG